AUGUCCUUAAUCCUUCUUUCCCCUCCCGCCCGCCCCGCCCACCUCCUCGGCAGUCCCCCCUGGCCCGCCCAUGAUCCUGUGGGGCGGCCGCGCGGUGGUGGGGACCAUAGGGCCCCUCAGCGAGAACGAGAAGGUGGAGCUCUCCUGCAGGAGCGAGGGAGGGCGCCCCCAGCCCGCCCUCACGUGGUGGCUGCGGGGGCAUCAGGUGACGCCCGCCAGUCUCGACUCUACCUCAGACAACGCCACAGAGACGUACUGGGUCGAGAGCCACAUCACCGUGACGGCCUCUCGGAUCUGCAGGGUGCCGCCCUCUCCUGCCACGUGCACACGCCCACCAAACCCCACGCCCAACGCCCCGUCAUCAACCAGACCCAGACGGCUUCCAUCAUGCUCAACAUAACCCUGCCGCCCCUAGCAGUGCGCAUCCUCGGCUCUGAUCAACACGUGUCAGCAGGGCGUCCGCUGAGGCUGGAGUGCCAGGCGCUGGGCUCGUUCCCGCCCGCUCAGCUCUCCUGGUGGAGGGGCCACUCGCGCCUCCGGCAGGUCGUGCGUGAGGUGGAGGGCGGAGGCAACAUCACCAAGGCCACGCUCACCCUCAUGAUUGACAGGUCCUUCCACGGGGUGACACUCUCCUGCAGGGGCUCCAACCCAGCCCUGCCGGGACGCCGCCCCUCGCCGACUCCUCAAGCUCAACGUCAACUGGAGUAG